UUGCCGUGUCGGUCCCUCGGUGUCAGCGGGCCCUUCAAGUCGCUGCAGAUGACGCCUCCGACGCGCUCGGUUGGCGCGUUCUCCCCGCUGUCCGCCUUCGACUGGCGCCGCUUCGAUUGCUUCCCCUCCGCACAGACCACACACCUCUUCCUCGUGUGGUCAGUGAGAUAUAUUCCGGAGUGUGGGUCACGGGCGAUCCUCUCCACCGUGUCC